AUGUUAGUGUUACUAAUGCACCUUCUAUGUGCUGUUGGAUCUAUACUUGCCACCACCUUAUGCGCCGAAAAGAGAGAAGUGAGGACUUCGGACCAUAUGCCGGCUUCGAAGCGUCAGACUCAAAGGUCCAUCAUGGUGGUGGCAUCUUCAACAUCUGCGACUACUCAGUCAACAGAAAAGGUUGGUAAAAAAGUGGACAGUAAUGAAGGCAAGAAACAAGAGAAAAAGGAAAAAUCGGCGGAAAAGCUCCCAAGAAAAUGA